AUGCCAGAUUAUAUAUCAAAUUUAUACACUUACAUGACAGAUUUAAACCUCACGAAUCAUCAAUUAAAGGGUUAUUCCUUAAGUGAUAUUGAGGAUAUUCUCAAAAAGAUGGGAAGCUCUUUGAUGAAUAUAUGUCCUGAGAUGUGUCAAAGUGAUAAUUGCGUUAAAGAUGGUCAGAAUAAGCUAAUCUUAGAGGAGCUUUAUUAUAACAAGGAUUCCUUGAAAGCUAAAUUGCAUGAGUUACUUCCAAUGAUGAUUGAAGAGCAGACCUUGAUAUUUGAUGAAAUUACCAAAUCCAUUGAAAGCGGUAAAGGAGGUGCAUUUUUUCUAUAUGGACAGAGUGGAACUAGAAAGGCAUUUAUGUGGAGGAUAUUAUGUGCAUGUUUACGAUCAAAAGGUGAAAUUGUACUUCCUGUUGCAUCAAGUGGCAUAGCAUAUUUGUUAUUACCAAAGGGGAGGAGUGCACAUUUAAGAUUUGAAAUACCUAACAGUUAG